UGCGCUUGGAGAGACCGUACCCUAACCUGCUCUCACUCGUUGUGUCUCGCGUUCUUGCAGAUCUCGAGCAAACCUGCCAACCCAUCUACUUCCUGUAGUCAGCAAUUCCAUCCCUAACAGAGGGAAAAAAAGGGAAGGAAGCAUUUUCUAAGUGUUCUAAAUAAGGCGUUCUGAAGAGCAACCUCCACUUGGUCGUCCGUCUGCAACACCCACGAGCUUCAUCGUAUAGAUGCCAUAACUGUUUCUCAUGUUUUAUAUCGCAUGUGUGCUGGGAGGCCGUUGCAUCGAUCGUGGGUAGAAGUAAAAACACGCCGUGGGUUCAAAACAAGAAGUGUAAUUAACCCUGCAAAUCCAUGGCACGGAGAAUACAAUAGAUGCGCAUAUUUUCUUGCAUGAAAGUGAAAUCAGUUCAAACUCCGAGCUUGGGAAGGGAAGGGAACUCGACUUACGUUCUAUCAGAAUCCCAAGUGCGUUCAUGUAUUGGAAAAAUGAGGUUUUGGCCCCUCUACCAGAGGGAAAUAAGUUUUUAUCCGAAGGAAUUCCCUCAAAACAGGUGAUUUCUCCAGAAACGCCGCAGAGUACACCGGGUGCCUCGCGCUGCGUGGAAGCCAAAUACACACACGUCAUGUCUCACUCGGACGGAGAAUCGCACCGAUCGAACAUGGAGAGGGAGGACACGCGCUCCUCCCCGAGUCCCCCCUCUACCCCGUAUAUCUGCUCGCCUAUCUCCACCGCCUCCUCGGUGGCGUCCACCGGGAAGAACGUGUGCGCGAGCUGUGGUUUGGAGAUCCUGGACAGAUACCUACUCAAGGUAAAUAACUUGAUCUGGCACGUGAGGUGUCUGGAGUGUUCUGUCUGCCGGACGUCGUUACGUCAACACAACAGCUGUUACAUCAAAAACAAAGAGAUCUUCUGUAAAAUGGAUUAUUUCAGUAAGUUCGGUACAAAGUGUGCCCGGUGCGGCCGCCAGAUCUACGCCAGCGACUGGGUGCGUCGAGCCAGGGGCAACGCCUACCACCUGGCGUGCUUCGCCUGCUUCUCCUGCAAGAGGCAGCUGUCCACGGGGGAGGAGUUUGGCCUGGUGGAGGACAAGGUGCUCUGCAGGAUCCACUACGACACCAUGGUGGAGAACCUCAAACGGGCUGCUGAGAGCGGCAGCGGCAUCACUCUGGAGGGGGCAGUGCCGUCAGAGCAGGACAGCCAACCCAAGCCUGCCAAGAGAGCACGCACCUCCUUCACCGCUGAGCAGCUGCAGGUGAUGCAGGCUCAGUUUGCGCAGGACAACAACCCCGAUGCACAGACCCUGCAGAAGCUGGCGGACAUGACGGGUCUCAGCAGGAGAGUCAUACAGGUUUGGUUUCAAAACUGCAGAGCAAGACACAAAAAGCAUACCCCCCAGCACAGCGGACCCUCGCAAGGCCACCCCCAGUCCCGGAUGCCCCCUUCGCUGCCCGACGACCUGCAUUACUCCCCCUUUGGCAGUCCUGAGAGGGCGCGUAUGGUGGCCCUGCACGGAUACAUCGACAGUGAGUGUUACGUUGGCCACCCGUUCUCCGUUCUAACGACACAGAGCCUGAACCCCCAUCAAGCCAUGUCGCUGCCCCAGCUACCCCUCAGCCGCUAACUAAUGUACGCUGCCGCUGCCCCCCCACACCCUCCCCGCCCCAACCUCUGACCCUUGAAUCCUGACCUCCCAUCAGCAAGAUGACUUAAGGAGAGGAUCAAGAUUUGAGAAGCUCUCUACUCUUGACCUCUCACCCUUAACCACUCGGACGGAGAGCGAAAGAGAGAGAGACUGCCUCAUCGACUCUUUUCCCACGAACAGGAUUAUGAUUAUACAGCCAGUCUGACUGUUGUCAUGGAGGAUGUGAGCCCUUCCUUUUGCUCACUGGGACUUAUUCAAGGCCAAGACACAUUGAACCAGACUAUGAGCUCCUUGUGCAGAGCUGGACUGAAAUAACUCCUCUCUCCAUCCUCCGAUGGGGGUGACGGGACCAGGCUAACAGGAAUACAGCCUCAUGUGCGCUGUCUAAUUUCUGAAGAUUUACCUAUGAGGGGGGAAAAAACGACAAGGGAUUGGACUUGUGAGCUUUACAGAGGACACGGAGGUAAGAAACCUCCCUCCUUUCUCUCUAUGAUGAUACCAUGAAGGAAUGCGAAAUAACUGAGUUUUGUUGUGGAAUCUGCUUCGAACUUAAAAUUAGUACGAUUUUCUUUUUUAUAGUCACAGCUGUUAGUAUUGGUAUUAUUUGAGAUCAUGUGGUAAUCAGCUCUUCGUUAAUACACUGUCAUCAGCAGCCUUCUGUACAGGAUAUAAGCCUCAGAUGAGGGUAGAUUGUGUGCCUUAUCUUAUCCAUGAUAAGCAAACAGAACGACCCUAAUACGGUUGUUUUGAAUUAUGACUCAUUUCCAGGCAGCUGAGGUAAAACACCACAAUUCACAGAGAAAACGAAAAACUCAAAUUCAUUAGGAUGAUUUAAAAAAAAUAGUGGCAAGGUGUAACUUUACAUUUUUACUGGUGAAAGUAUUGAAAUACAAUUUUAAAAAAUUGUGGGGGGUG